AUGACAAGCAAAGGUCACAAAAGAAAAUUAAACCCUGUGUUAUCCACAGAAGAAAGUAGUACAGAGAACCCACGACCAAAGAAACGUGUCACCUUCUCAACUGCUUUAAAUACUACGGAAACUUAUCAGAUAGAAACAGAAGAAGAAAGUGACGAUGAUGAUCUAAUGAGCGAUGAUUCGCAUACGUCUUGGGCUGAUAGAAUUAAAAAUGACUUGGAUCCCAUUCAUGAUAUUCAAACACUCACAAACACGGCUUUGAAUAGUGGUGUUUAUAUGGAGGAAAUGCUGGGAGGAAUGAUUGAAAAAGGUGAAAAAAAAAACGAAAUGAGGAUUAAUGGAGAAAUAAUGGAUGAUAAAGGAACAAAAGGUGAAGAAGUGAAUGAGGAUAUGAACGGCGAAGAAAUGGAGGAUCAAGAAGUGAAAGAUGAAGAAAUGAAAGAUAGACAAGAGUAUGAGUAUGACAAAGAAUGUGUGUCUAAAAACUCUUCGAUACACGAACCACCUACAAAUGAGGAAAUACGAGGACUAAAGGAAACAACUGAUUUAUUUAAAUCGAAUAUAUUCAAACUUCAAAUUGAUGAACUAUUGUCAGAGAUAAGUAUUGAUUUCACAGCAACUUCAAGAUUAGAAAACGCGUUAAAUAAGCUGAAACAGAUUUUCGAGAACAUGAAUGAUAAACUAGAUCUUCCAAUCGAUCUUGCAAAAUCUAUUCUUUCAAAAAAAUAUAACAUCACGAUUCCAUUUCCUGAUCCCGAUCCUACAUGCGUUCAAUAUAAGUUUGGAUUUAAGAAACCUACUGCCUUUUAUUUGGUUGGCAGUUAUCCAUUAAAAGGUGUGAUCCGUAGGCGUCAAGGUUUUAACGUGGAUGUUGCGGUAAUCAUGCCUAAGUCAAUAUUUCAGGAAAAAGAUUACAUGAAUUACC